CGGACUGACCACUGACCGCAAUAUUGGCUAUCCUACACAGAGCAACAUAAGGGACAUUGCUAUGGUGAACUGUGUUAGAUAUGACUGAUGUUGAGUCGUCGUAUGAAGACUUCAUAGCUUCGGGAAGGACGGGAAGACGGAAUGCGGUGCAUGAUAUCCUGGGGGACACAGGUGGGCUGGACCCAAGUGGACUAUCCCAGACACUCUCAGAACUCAGUGUCAACAAAACAGGUGAAGGAAACGAUGGAGAAAAGAGUCAGGUUUCCUCAGACGCUCCACCUAAACCAGAAGAGGAGGCCAAGGAGGAGGGAACUUAAAACACUGCCGUGAAACUGCGAGGAGAAGCCAUUUCCCAUCACUGCCCCCCCUAGGUGGCUGAUCUGAGAACUUGAAAAAAAAAAAAGAUGGAGGACCAGGAAUUUACACAGCAGAGAGACCUUCCCACUCACUGCCCUGGACGAAAGAAAGCCCUGGUUUUAAGGAAGGAGCCCUCUCUGCUCUAUGUGUGUGCUUGGGCCUGUAGCUUCAGUAAUGGGUGAAAGAAAGCAUCCCAUAGAAAUCACUGUCUCCAGAGACCUGGACCAUCUCAGUCCAUCGUAUUAUAAUGAUGUAAAGGACACUCCCUCUUAGCUAUUACCUGUAGCUAUUAGCCGUGUCUUCGAUGCAGAAUCUGGGGGAAGUUGCAGACAGCGUUGCAGUAGCAUGGGUGGAGAAAGCUGAACUUAGCACUAGUGAUCUGUAAUGCUUCUGACUACGACUAGGUGGAUGAUACCUUGUCACCACAUGGGCAUUUGUUUUUGGCUUGGAGC